CUGUGGUAAAACCUCUCGCUUCGCCUCUUCCUCUCUAUUUUUAUGGAGUCCCCCGCAUUUUCUUUGAAAGUGGCUACGUAGCUGCGUCGACAUCAAUCGCAUGUCAUGCGUUAGUACUUGCGCCUAAAACUGAAGGAGGAAAUUAUUUAUUUAAAAACUGACGCAAGGGCGCUAAAUCUAAAACAAACUGAAUAAAAUAUGAAAAUAUAUGCAGCUGCACAAUCAGAAGUUUGUGAUACACGCACGAAAGAAUGGCGCCUCGCGUACAGCUUGAGAAAGCAGCCUGGCGCUGGGUCGAGUCGGUGAGACCAGAGGACAUACAACGGGAACAUAUUGAGAUAGCUUACCGAAUCUGUGUACCGGCGUGCAAGAGGGGAGCAUGCAGGAGGAAUUGCAAAGGGAACCCAAAUUGUCUUGUCGGUAUUGGGGAACAUGCCUGGUUGGGAGAGAUUGACGAGAACACCUUCCACAACAUUGACGAUCCUAACUCGGAGCGCCGGGACAAGAACACGUUUGUGGGUCUGACAAACCUGGGCGCCACAUGUUACGUCAACACCUUUCUGCAGGUGUGGUUCCACAACCUGGAGCUGCGUAGGACCCUGUACCUGUGUCAGAACGCCAGGGCAGAGGAGCACAACAUGGACUCAGACUACGAGCCUCGCAGCAUAUGUGAACACCUGCAGUACCUGUUUGCACUUCUACAGAACAGCAACAGAAGGUACAUCGACCCCUCAGGGCUGGUCAAGGCUCUGGGGCUGGACACAGGACAACAGCAGGACGCUCAAGAGUUUUCCAAGCUCUUCCUCUCGCUAUUGGAGGACACCUUAUCCAAACAGAAGAACCCAAACCUGCAUAAUGUCAUCCAGCAGCAGUUCUGUGGCCAGAUGUCUUACGUCACUGUGUGUAACCAGUGUGGUCGUGCUUCACCUCUGCCGUCCCGAUUCUACGAACUGGAGCUCAACAUCCAGGGCCACAAGAACCUUACAGAAUGUGUCACCGAGUUCCUCAAGGAGGAGAAGUUGGAUGGUGACAACCGCUACUUCUGUGAAAGCUGCCAGAGCAAACAGAACGCCGCUCGACGCAUCAAACUGCACAGCCUCCCACGGGUACUCAACCUGCAGCUCAUGCGUUUCGUUUUCGACAGACAAACAGGUCACAAGAAGAAGCUCAACACCUUCAUCAGUUUCCCAGAGCAGCUGGACAUGGGCCCGUUUCUGGAGGAAAAAGAAGAUGAGAAGUGUGUGUACGAGCUGAGUGCGGUCCUGAUCCACCGCGGGGUCAGCGCCUACUCGGGUCACUACAUCGCCCACGUGCGAGACGCCCGCACCAGCGACUGGUACAAGUUCAACGACGAGGAGAUUGAGAAGAUGGAAGGCAAAAAGCUACAGCUGGGCAUCGAGGAGGACAUCGCCGAGACGGUGAAGUCCCAGACCCGUAAGCCCAAGUGCAGUAAAGGAUAUCACUGCUCCAGAAAUGCCUACAUGCUUGUGUACAAAUGCCAGAGAGAGGAGGACACUGACCCCAUGGAGACCAACGUUGAGGUGCCAGGCUUUCUGGGGAGGCUGGUGGACCGAGACAACAGGAAGUUUGAAGAGUGGUGCCUGGAAAUGGCCGACAUGCGCAAGCAGAGCGUCGACAAGGGCAAGGCCAAGCACGAAGAGGUGAAGGAACUCUACGAGCUUUUACCUGCGGAAGACGGCCAAGAGUAUGAGUUUGUGCCUCUGGAGUGGCUGAAGAAAUGGCUGGAUGACUCGACGGUCACCAAAGAAAUCGACAACGGCAACUUCCUGUGUUCUCACGGUAAACUGCACCCAGACAAGGUGGGGGAGGCCAAGAGGAUCUCCGUCAAAGCUGCAGAGCUUCUCUUCGACAAAUAUGGAGGAGGACCCAGGCUAGAUGGCUCAACUCUCUGUGAGGAAUGUGUGGGGCAGAGAUGCAGGGUGCUGCGGCUAAAGAACCAGCUGGCCGAGGAUUACAAAGAAGUCACCAACCUUGUCAAGUGCCCGCCCAAAAGUGAUGAGGGGUACUGGGCGGGCAAGACGUCUCUGCGGAGCUGGAGACAGUUGGCCUUGGAGCAGCUGGAGGAGGAUGAGGAGGAGACCAAACACAGCAACGGCAAAACCAACGGAGAGGGACCAGAGAUCACUGCUACUAAAGAGUACGGCCCAGAGAACCUGGACGGAGACGAGGAGGAAAUGAAGACCUUCAACGAGGACAUCCUCUGUCGGCAUGGCGGUCUGAGUAUCCUGGAGAGCGAGCGGCGGCUGGUGACUGAGGAGGUGUGGUCCAAACUGAGAGUGUACUUCCCCAAAGCCCCCCAGUUCACCCAGCUACAGGAGCCCUGUCAGCAGUGCCUGAGGCUGGAGCGAGAGGGGAAGGAGAAUGAGGCUCUGAACAGGAUGAUGGCGUCAGAACAGAAGAGCUCCUUACUCAACCUCUUCCAGGAGAAGAACAGGCCCACACUCACCAAGUGGCCACAGGAGACAGAUAUUCUCUACAUAGUUCCUCUGUUCUUUGUAGACGAGUGGAGAAGGUUCAUCAGGAGGCCCACUAAGACCACCCCAGUGUCAAGCGUAGGGAACAGUUUGCUCCUAUGUCCACAUAGAGGCUUCAUGUUCACCUUCGACUCCAUGUUAAAGGGAGACGCCCAACAUAUAGCUCUUCUCUGGCCCGACGAAUGGGAGGUGAUCAGCAGACACUUCCUGGUUGAUCAGCCAAUCUCCAUCUGCCGGAUCAGCGGGGCCACACCCAACGGCUCCAGUGUGGAGUACACCACCCAGCCUGAGUUAUGUAGGGACUGCAGAGAAGGCUUCAUUUUCCAGCAGCAGAGGGACAUGAGAGAGUAUGCACAAGCCACAGUCUACGUGCGCAAGGUCAUAGACGACAAGAGGUUGAAGGAUGCAGCUCCUGAGAUGAAUGUGAGCGGGUCGGAGGCAGAGGAUGAGAGGGAGGAGCCUGUUGCUAAGGUGGAUGGAGAGCGAGACCCUGAUUUCAGCCAGUCAGAGGACGGGGCAAAGCGUCAGAAGCUGAGUGACGGCACCGUCAGUGCUGCCGCAAGUCCCACCCCCAUGGCCAGUGGUGGCAAAUCGGGGAUCAGGAGGAGCACGAGGCACAGGAAGCUCCGGGGAGAAAAAGCACUCAUCGUCUCAGCCAAUCAGACGCUCAAGGAGUUGAAAAUACAGAUCAUGCACGCCUUCUCCGUGGCCCCGUUUGAUCAGAACCUGUCGAUCGACGGCCGGUGUCUUACGGACGAUUCUGCCACCCUCGGCAGCCUAGGAGUCAUCCCAGAGAGCGUCAUCUGUCUGAAGGCUGAUGAACCAAUAGCAGAUUUUGCAGCAAUGGAUGAUGUUUAUCAGGUGUGUAUGCCUGAAGAAGGAUUCAAAGGGACUGGGCUUCUUGGCCACUGAAGAGAACACAAGUCGCUGCCCUCGAAGCGGACUGAAGCUGGACAACAAGAAUAAAAUGCUUGAAAUAGUGUCCAUGAAUGGGGGAAAAAGUGCUUUAAUUUUUUUCUUUUUUAAACUGUGACUAUGUUGCAAACCCUUUCUUUAUCACAAAAGUAGCGGCUGGCUUUUAAUAUUUAAAGACGUUUAUGCAUUCUCUGGGACUAUGUGGUCACGCUCUCUUUGCCCGGACUGUGAGUAGAAACGGGUCAUUAGUUGAGUGGCAUCUUCCAAUAUGGAGCCCAAACUUCUCUCUUCUGUCUGCUUCCGUAGGCUUCUGAGAGGAUAGGCCCAGUCGUAGAAGGUGCCCAUUUUAUUUCGAUUGUAGGACAAAAUUUUCCUUGAAUUUUACAAGAGAAAUUUUUUUGUUCAAUGGAAGCUUGUGGUCAUAUUUAAAGAAUGCAUAAUACAUAUUUAAAGAAUGCAAAUGUUAAAUAUUGAAAAUUGUAACUGUUUGGUGGUUAAACAACCUCAACAAAGUUAACAAAAUACUCCCUUGUGACAUUUAGGAGAAGAAAAUAUGUAUAUUUCUUAAAUGAGUUAAAAAAACAUAGGAAAUUUAGAUUAGAUUGUGCUGCAGUCAGAAACAGAUGCAGGCCUUGGUGUGAGCUGUUCUUUUCUCUAUUUCAUAUGGGCAAUAAAGUUAUGUUUUCUUCUAAUUUGAAUGUACAGAUUCUCA